CGAGAGAGAGAUCUCUCUGCAAAACUCGAAGAGGCAGAGUUGGCGAUCCAAGCCAAUUCGCGACGUGAAGCAAAACUCCUUGCCGAACUUCUCGAAGCAAAGACAACGCUUCUCGAUGAAUCACAACAACGCGAGCAUCGCCUUUCGAACCAGCUGAAACAAAACACAGUUGACCUUGAUGCGUCUCACAAAAGAGAGAAGAAAACUUUGACCGAACUUGAAAAACUUACUUCCGAGUUUGAUGCCUUCAAGAAGAGCGCCGAUGACCCGUCAUCGGAAAUGCUUGAGAAAGAAGCUGCUCUCGUUGCGUCUCGACAGCAGGAACGACAACUGUCGAUGGAGCUUCAAAGUAUCAAGAAUGAGAUUUCCUCCUAUAAAAACAGCCGAAAAUCUAUGAACAAAGAGCUUGCCGACGCAAAGAAGGAUCUGGAACAAUCUCGGGGCCGUGUAACGGAACAAUCAACUCGCCUCCAGGAGGCCAAUGACAAGGUCCGAGAACUUUCAAAGGAGCUAGAACGAUCCAAACAAGAGAUUCUUGAUAUGGGCAAGGCCAGUGAACAGGCAGGCCGUAACUACCAGAGCCUUUGGUCUCGGUACAACAGACUACAAGAAUCCAAUCAGAACAAUCAACAUUGCCAACAAUCGACAGCCCAAUGGCCGCCGCUUCCAUCAUCCUCUCGGGGUUUUCGAUUCGAUGAGCCGCCACAAGAAAUAAACCCUAUUUUUGACUUCAGGCGCGGAGCGUAUCAGCAAGGGUCGCAUGUUGAUGUGGCACAGAGGUUCGGAACACCGACAUACUCGACGGCCAAGUUCGGCACAGUGAGUACUAUACUGCCAGGAGGCUCACGGUCAUUCAGUUUCGACGGCAGUUCUCAACCAAAGACUACUUUCAACGGUUUUGGAGCUGCCACCCUGCAGCAGAAUCCCCAACCUAUUCCUCCCAGUGGCACUGGAAACCAGAAACGGCAACAAGAUAACCAGCCUCAGCAAGGUGCAGCCGAUCCCAAGAGACUUAAGAGGGAGACAUAGCUUUUCAGAAAGCUAAAUUUUGAGAUAACAGCUCCUCAAUACGUCGAAACUACGACAUGAAUGGUGUCGUUUCUUCUUCAUGCAUGAGAUUGGAGAUAGCUCGGUGUGCUACACAUCGAAUCACACGUAUAAAGACAUUCCACACAAUGUCCAUGGUCACUGGACGUCAGUAAACAUGUUAAAAGCCCUAAAUUUUGAGCAGCAGGGAUGAUGGAGGAAAGGAAUUUCUAAGAAACACAUGGUGGGCGAAAAUGGACGGAUAUGCUGUCGGAAUCAUGGUUGGGGAUUUCAGCGAUGUGUGAAGCACGACUCAACAGAAACAGUCAAUAUCUACUGAAAAUUGUAAUUUUAAUGCUUCCUCAAGCCUCAGUUCAACGUUAUACCGAGAGGUCUUA